AUGACACGCGCCCAACAACAAAUCUCCCUAGGCCUCCUCGCCACAGCCCUCUACAGCAUCUUCUUCCUCGGCUUCCUCCCGAUCCCCGACGUAUUCCAGAACGAGAUAAUACCAGUCCUCCCAUUCUGGGCCCUCGUCUCCUUCGGCGCAUACCUUCUAGGCACACUCGGCUACGGCGUAUUGACGUUCAACGACGUCCCUCAAGCACACGAUGAAUUGAUGAAGCAGAUUGAGCAAGCGCGGACGGAUUUGAAGAAGAAGGGGGUUUCUGUGGACUGA